ACAUCCGAACGCCGAGGUCCUGCGACGCCCUGUAAGUUUACAGUUGCAGCGGGAAAACUGAUGAAGCGAAAGCGUUAUCAGUAGCGGGACGAACUGAAAGCGCUCCGCAGGUUGACGUUCAUUUGUUUCGUUCGGCGCGGCACUCUACUCGUUAUGGGUCCGUUUUGUUGUUCGCAGUGAAGAAGGCUGGUUGGUGUUCGAAAUAAUCCCACGUGUGAGAUGGUGUUACGCGAUACCAUGGAACUGUUGUCGAUUUAAUUGAACAUGUGCGAUUUUGUGUAAAACAGAUAUAGCACGAGCAGCGAUUUUCCGUGACCAGAGUCAACUUUGAUGGAUCCACGAUGAAAAACGAAUCAGGGGAGGACUUUUCAUGGAAUUCUUCUUAUGUUUACGGAGUAGACAACGAGAGCGGCUGGGGAGACAGAUAUUUUUUCACAUAUUACUCUGAAUUUGACGGGAAAUCACCACUGUUCGCCGCGAUAGAGGUCUCGAUAUUUGCCUUCAUUUUCGUCGUAUCCGUUGUGGCCAAUGCAUCGAUUGUAGUUUGUGUAUUUAGGUACCCUGAUAUGCGGACGGUGACAAACUGCUUCGUUUUGAAUUUGGCAGCUGCGGAUUUGUUGUUUGCGCUGACCAUACCGGCCGUAGCCUACACGAGGAUAGUUGUGUCCUGGCAGCUGGGGGACGUAACCUGCAGGAUAAUUCCUUACAUUCAAUUUGUUUCAGGCAUCGUCCUGUUAUGGACUCUCGCCUUGAUCAGUAUUGACCGCCACCGCUGCAUCGUCGUACCCCCUUACCGAUCAAAGAUGACUCCCCACCAAGCAACCCUCUCAUCGUUACUAAUCUGGAUCUCCACCGCCAUCAUCUUCAUUCCAGUGGCACUCUGGUUCCGCCAAAUCCGAUCAGUAAACAAUGUACCAGUUUGCACAAUGAUAUUUCCAAAGUCAAACACCAUUCACUACUCUAUUUGUUUCGUGGUACCAGUUGUUCUUUUCGCGUGUCUGCUACCUAUGGGACUGCUGGUGUAUCACUACCAGAAAAUAUUCCAGAAGAUUCUAUCCACGAAAAACGCUUGGGCCACUUCAUGUGUCAUGAUCAGUGCAGUGGACAUCAAAGGUUGCAACAGAGCACAAGUCAGACGUCAGAGCGAACUCAGCUUAUCCGACAUAUUUGUACCUUGGCCAAGGAAAUUUUCAGCGCAGUUCGCGACGUCUCCGAAUGGAAAUAACGUGGGUAGACACGGAUCUCUGUCGCACCACGAAGAAAUCAGACUGAAUAAGCACAUCAAAGUAGUGCGAGUGCUUUUUUUAAACGUCGUGGUGGUUCUGGUGAUGUGGCUGCCCAUAACAGUUAUCAUGCUUCUUAUUUACAUAGACGGAAGACGAGCCAAUGAGGAUAAGAACUACUUUCUGAAAUCUCGCCAUUUCAUCGUAGCUUUAAGUAUUGCUCUGCUGAACACCGUAGUGAAUCCUUUGCUUUAUGGUUUGCUCUCUGACAGUUUUAGGACUUGCCUUACGCGCAUUUGGUGUUGCAGGAGCACCUGCAAAUUGGAUAUCCAAGACGCCGCGACGCCGUCAAGUGGUAAAUUCAACUGUUCUGGGAAAACCGUCAAAAAGCAAAGCAUCGUUAAUUCAGUAAGCGAGAAGAGCGAGAAUCAUAACGAAACUGUGUAAACGGGUGACUAAAAUAUGAGUAAAAUAGAAAUGGUGUACAAAGGAACAUUUUCCGGAUUAUAAAAUAUUAAAUUUAUAAAAACUUCCAUCUUCUCUACGAUAGGUAGAGAAAACGCCAAUCAACGUUUCUACCUAUUUGAUUUAUUUGAGAAGGGAGUACAGACGCAUUCUUUUGGUUUCGCUGAAAGCCAUUAAAACAUGUUGAAGACGAAGAAUAAAGUACUAUGGACCAAUCAACUUAAUUUUACGUUUCCUAGACAUUCCAAGACGAAGCACUGUUUUGAAGAACUUACUCGUUGGUUACUAAUAUACCAAUAUAUGUAGAUAGUUAAAUUAUUGUCAAAACUAAAUGUAUUCUAAAAUGUAAAGCGUAAUACAAUAGUAUUCGAAAGAAUAAGACUUUUUUACAUUUUUUUUUAACGUUAUUAUUUGCCCUGAUGUAUAACUUGUAUGGCUGUUCAUGUAAAUAUACUUAUUAUCCUAUAUACAAUGUUCAAAUAU